AUGAACACGUUUAUGGCAACUGGGGAGUCUUUGAGAUCACUAGCGUUCUCAUUUCGUAUUUCACAAGGUUAUAUUUCUCGAAUAAUUCCUCUUGUAGUAAAAAGUUUAAGUUUACGAUUAACACCUCUACUAUUAGCUCCACCUACAAAAAAUAAUUUAAUUCAUAUUGCAGAAGAAUUCUGGACAAAAUGGAAUUUCCCUAAUUGCACCGGAGCAAUCGAUGGAAAACACAUCAGAAUAUUUUGUCCAGGAAAAUCAGGAUCUUUAUUUUUUAAUUAUAAAGAUUUUUUCUCAGUUGUUCUGUUGGCUAUUGUUGAUGCCAAUUGUAAAUUCAUAUUCGUUGACAUCGGUGCAUAUG